AUGACAAGUGGUGUUUACAGUGUUAAUUUGCAGCAGAAUUUAUUAUUUGAUAAUGUUAACAAUCAGUUUGACCAAACAAAAAUGAAUGAUUCACGAAGUACCAUCGAAGAAGGAUCAGCAAAUGAUGAUGAGCAUAUCUAUGCAAAUGUUCAAGAAAUGGAAGAAGAAAGUCGCCGACAAGGACAGCCACCAAUUCCAGAUUCUGUUGAUGAAGCAAUUCGCAAUGUUGGGAGCGGUUGGCAUGAGUAUCUCACAGAUGCUGGAAGAUCGUAUUUUUACAAUCAUGAAACAGGUGAUUGUCACUGGAAACCACCACGUUUUCUGAAACCACCUUUGGAAGUUAUUGAUAAUGGCUUGAGUAAUCAGCAAAAUAUUCCGCUCCAUAGUGAAGCAGAAUCUUGUGAAGAUAUUUCAGAAUCAUGCUUGGAAUCUCAUCCAACUAUAUCUGCUGUUUGUUUUGCAAAACCCGAUGUUAAUAGCGAUGAGAAUAGUAAGUCAAGUGCAGUUUGGUCAACAUUAAGUUUACGUAACAAAAUUACGGAAAAACGAAUGUCGGUGCAAACGAUAGCUCAAGAACUUCAAGCUACUGGACAUUUAUAUUCACAUAAAUCAAACGAGGAAAUUGGUAUUGAUAAGAAUAUUCAUUUAGUUUCCAAAGGUGUUGGCACUGAACCGUGUUCCAGUAAUUAUCCUAAUCGCCUGCCUUCCAGAAAUAUUGCGCAGAAAUCGAUCAAAUGUGGAACAGUGGAAAAGUGUAAGAUAGCAGAUGCAGGAAUACGACUUAAAAAGAAAGAAUGGACAUCCUGUUAUCUUUUUCUUUCUUCAGCUCAUAUUAUAUUUUACAAAGAUGAACGAAGUGCCGAAAAAUCAGGUCGUCAUUAUGAGGCACCAUUGGGUAUGUGUGAUCUUCGAGGUGCAUGCGUAAAAUGGGCGAAUGAAAAAGAUAAACGUAGGAAACACAUUUUUCAACUUGGACUAACAGAUGGUACGAUUUAUUACUUCAGUACAUCAGAUACGCAGGAUGUGAAUGGAUGGUUCCAUGCAAUGCGUCAAGUCGUAUCAAAAUUGCCACUUCCUGAUGCGUAUCCAACACCGGUUUUAGAGAGAGGUUUAACUUCCACUGGUUUAAUACGAAAUCCAAGCAAUUUGUCACAUUCCUCAAGGUCGCUUAGUAUCGGACAAACUCGACGUUCUUUUAAAAAAUCAAAAAUCUCAGGAAAAGGUCUUGAGGUUGCGGUAACAGGUGAUGAAAAAAAGCGUAUUGAUAUUGAAGAAGCAAGGCUAACACGUGAAUCUAUCAUUGAGAAAUUAAAACGGUUUUUUCGAUCACGACCAUCCAUAGAAAGUUUGAAGGAGAAAGGCAUUUAUAAGCCGGAACCUGUUUUCGGAAGUACGUUGGCUGCUAUUUGUCAUCAUGAACAGACGACAGUUCCACGUUUCAUUCAAUUGGUUACAGAAGUAGUCGAAUCGAAAGGUCUCGAUACAGAUGGUCUUUACCGAGUUAGUGGUAAUCUUUCAUCAAUUCAAAGGAUUCGAUGUCAGGUUGAUCAAGAAAAAUAUGUUGCUUUAUUGGCAGAAGAUGAUGUUCAUGUUUUAACAGGAGCUUUAAAACUGUUCUUUCGUGAAUUAUCAGAGCCAAUUUUUCCAUCUAAUCUGGCUAAGGAUUUCAUUUACGCCAACCGACUACCUAAAGGAGAAGGAAAAUUAAAAGCAUUUGAUGAUUUAUUAAAUAAACUACCGUUGAUUAAUCGAGAAACGCUCAAGGUUCUUUUCGGACAUCUUAUACGAGUUGCAAAUCAUGCAGAUAAAAAUCGGAUGGAAAUUCACAAUUUAGCAAUUAUGUUUGGUCCAUCUCUCUUCAGCAGUGGCACUAACGAGAUUAGUAGUGAUAACAAAAAGGGAAAUAAUUCGAAAAAAGGAAAAGCUACUAAUAAAAAAUUAAAAGAAAAACCAACCGGUGUUCAAAGCAAUUCGCAUCUUGCCUAUAAUAUGAUUAUGCAAGGACAAACAGUAGAAUAUCUUUUGAAAGAGUUCAGACGAUUUCCAUCAAUGCAGCCGCAGCAACAAUCAUCCGUCUCUCGUAGAUAG